AUGUCGCUCAUCGAGAGCGUCAAGACCAAGUUCCUGGAGGCGAUCCGCUCGGUCAUCCUGGUCGUCGACGAGCACUCGCAGCGUCUGCUGAACUCCGUGCUCAAGCAGUACGACAUCCUCGAGGAGAACGUCACCCAAAUCGAGAGCAUCGCGAACCACCGCGAGCCGCAGCCGGGGCUGGAGGCGAUGUACAUCCUCAUGGCGACGUCGCAGAACGUCGAGCGGAUAAUCAAGGACUGCUCGGGCGCCCAACCGGUGUACUCGGGCGUGCACCUGUUCUUCGUCGACGCGCUGCCUGAGCCGCUGUUCCAACGUCUCAUGUCUUCACCUGCUGAACCGCGUCUGAAGGCGCUACAAGAGCUGUUCGUCAACUUCUGGGCCAUCGAAGCUCAGGCAUUCUCGUCCAAGACUCCAGCCACGUUCUUCAACCUGUACAGUGCGCCUCGAAGCGAAACGUCUUUCAAGCCAUGGCUCGACAGGCUGAACGAAGAGCUUCGCUUCAUCAGCCAAAUGAUUUCGAACGUUUGCAUCACCCUUAACGAAUACCCUUACGUCCGUUAUUACACUCCCUCCCACCAUCCACCCCUUGGUCCGCUCCAACCCCACGCCAGCACACGCCCUCCGCCGCCACCCGAAGGCAGCGGGCGGUGGCGAACAAACCUGGCGCGUGGAGGAGAGGCUCGGGCGUACGAGAGCGUGGAGGGCGACUACGUCGCGAAGGUGCUCGCCUUCAUGGUCCAGCAACACCUCGACGACCACAAGAAAAGCGACCCGAACUUCCCGAAGCCGUCGGACCCGGCCCGCCCGCGGGGGACGCUCAUCAUCACCGACCGAGCGAUGGACACGGUGGCGCCGCUGCUGCACGAGUUCACGUACCAGGCGAUGGCGAACGAUCUGCUGCCGAUCGACGACGGGACGUCUUACCGGUACAAAUUCCAGACCCAGACGGGGACGGAGGACAAGACGGCCACUUUGUCGGAUGCCGACAACGUCUGGACCGACAUCAGGCACAUGCACAUGCGGGAGGCCAUUGACAAGCUCAUGGCCGACUUCAACAAGUUCUUGCAGGACAACGCUGGAUUCAAGGGAGAGGGUGCUGCGAGCUUGAACGACAUGAAGGACAUGCUUGCCAGCUUACCACAAUUCCAGGAACAACGAGACAAGUUUUCGCUGCAUCUAAAUAUGGCACAAGAGUGCAUGGGCAUCUUCGAGCGCGAUAAGCUCCCGGCCGUGGCCACUGUCGAACAAAACUGCGCUACCGGCCUUACGGCGGAGGGCAAGACGCCGAAGACGCUUGUUGAGGAGAUGGUGCCGUUGUUGGACAGCCGAGAUGUUGUCAACAUGAACAAAGUGCGGAUUAUCGCGCUCUACAUCCAGCACCGCGAAGGCGUACCCGACGAGGACCGGAGGCGGUUGUACCAGCAUGCGCGGUUGACGAUGGCGGAGCAGGACGCGGUGAACGCCCUCGUGAAGCUCGGCGUGCGGAUCUCUCGCGGAGCUGGCGAUAAAGACGUCAAGAAGAAGAUCAAGCAGAAGACGAACAGCGAGGAAGAAUACGAGCUCUCACGUUACAAGCCCGUCCUCCGAACCGUGCUCGAGGAGCACGUUGCAAACAAGCUCGACCCCACGCUCUUCCCGUAUGUCAAAGACUCCCCCUCAGCUGGACCCACGACGAGCAGCCUGCGCUCUUCCCCGGCGCCUUCGGUGCAACCUGCGGUGUCGCUUCGUAGCCAAAAACCCAGCUGGCACAAAGCUUCGCGGGUAGGAGGCGGUGGAGGACGCGAUGACAACCGUCAGCGGAUUAUUGUUUUCGUUGCUGGCGGCAUGACGUAUUCCGAGAUGCGGGAGGCGUACGUUCUGUCGAGAACUCUCAACAAAGAUAUUAUCAUCGGCUCUACGCACACACUCACCCCGCGCGAUUUCGUGGACGACCUCAAGGCACUGGAAGGCAGCGGAGUGGGCUCUCGAAGCCUCCCGAACGGCAUCCCCGAGUCGGGAGGUGCGAUGGCCUCUGCGCAAGAGGUGUACGACAAGAAGUACUUCACGCGCGAUGCGCCGGCACCCCAACGCGCGCCCCCUCCAUCCGCAUCACCGGCUCCGAGCGGACGUAUGGGACGCCCGCCGCCAGCGCCGUCGUCGCAGACGAGCUCGUCGAUGAGCGUCGGGAGCAACUUCAGCACCGGCGGCACAUACACCGAGGAGAAGAAGAAGAAGCGUGGGUUCUUGCGGUUCUGA